AUGAUAGAUUAUUUUAUCAUAUUCCUUUUUGUUCAAUCCAUACAAACUCAAUACAUAUUGGAUUAACUGCAAGUACUCAACAACGAAUUCAAUUAAAAGCUUGAAAUCAAUCCACUAUUCAAGAGAAAUUGUCUCAAUGAUCGAGAACGUCUAUGUAAAUUCUAUUCAGAUUCCUUAUCACCAUAAAGUGAUCAAAUUUAAUCUAUAGUACUUCUCAAUUCAUUAUUUAGGCAAAUGAAUACCUUUCAUACUUUGAAAAUGAAGACCUUGAAGAAUACCAAAGACUUAUCAAUCAAAUCAUUACGUAAUAUGUUUAUAGGCAAGAUGAAUAUUAAACAUAUGCACUCAUCUUUCAUAGUUUAACAGAUAUUGUAUCACAUUAACUUAAUAUUUCUAUUGGUAUUAAUACGAAAGAAAGAGAAAUCAUACCUAUUUAAGAUAAUUAAACUUAAUUAUAUGACAUUCUCAUUAAUUUUGAAAAUCUUUACCUUUCCAAAGAUGGCAAAUAUAUUUACACUUUAGAAGAAGAAGGUUUCAUCUAUUUCAAUUCCUCAGUCAAUCUUGGAACUAUUAAAAUGAAUUCAACAUCUGUUUUAGCAAGUUAUUUCAAUAAAAAAAAGAGACUUUUUAAAACUCGAUCUAUGGUUGAAUUAUUUGGAGCUGGAACAGAAAUAACUAAAAUAAAUAUUGGUGCUCAUUCAUAAAUAGCUUAUAUAACAUUUAUAAUUUAAGCACCACCUUUAUCUCCUUAAGUCAUAAAAAAUAAAAUACAUUUAGCACUUCAAUAGAGAUUUAGAUAACUUCAUCUAAUUAAAAAUGAUUUCUUAGAAUAAUUUAUUAAAUAUUAUAUUCCAAAAUAUAUGUUGCCAUAAUUACAUACCAUAAUUUAGAAUAUGAAGGAUAGCAAACAAUAUUAAAUAAAACAUGAACAAUUAUAAUUCAUAAUAGAUGAAUUGAAAAAUUAAAAUUAAUAAAAAUUAAUUGAACUUGAUUAAUUGAUUCAAUAACUUUUAUAAUGA